CGGAAAAAAAGAAAGAAAUCGAGCUACGUAUCCGAAUUCGACCGCGAAUAAGACGACGCACCAGCCCAUAAAUUCAUAGUGUCCGCGGCAGGCUGCAGAUGGAUGCCGCAAGAGCAGCACCACUUGCUGCUUCCGACGGCCAAGGCAACCGUAGCCGCCAUCCGGUGGUCCUUGGUGGCCGGGCGUGCAUAGCCGAGGAGAGUCGAAGCGACCCGCCGCCAGCCGACGGCCAAGACUACGACGAGGAGGAGGAGCUUAGGGCGUUCAUCCGGGGCCCAAGGGUGCCGUUGGUGCCGAUGCGUAAUCAUCUGUUCUUCGGCACUGCAGUUGACUGGAUCAUACGGGAGGACCAUGAAGCGGAGGAGGAGCGCAACCACAGCUACAAGCGUGCUCGAGUCCCCGCCUCGAGCAAGGCCAUCAUCGGCCUCAAGGAGGCGAGGGCCGGCGACGCGGGGCUGCAGGCGGUGUGCGCCGUGUGCCUGCAGGAUUUCGACGCGGAGGACAAGCUCAGGGCGAUGCCGUGCUCACACGCCUUCCAUCAGGACUGCAUCUUCGGCUGGCUCCGGGUUAACCACGUCUGCCCUCUCUGCCGCCACGCACUGCCCACGCAGCAGCAGGACGACGACGACGAAAAUUACCAGCAGGCGAGCACGCCGGUGCCAGAGGAGGCCUAGACCUGGAAGCAGCAACAACAUCUAGAUGUCUCUGCGUCGAUCUGUUCCAACAAGAGUUGUAAUCUCAAACAAGUGCCGUUUUUAUCUUGUCUUCAGUGUAAAACUAAACAAGAAGCACAAAUGUCAUGUUUAUUUCUUGAUAGAUAUAUCAAAGGUCACA